AUGGCAAGGCUCAACAGCUUCUCAGUCAUGGUGGUGGCGGCCAUGCUCUUAGCUUUUGUGGUGGUUGCUAAACAAGAUUUUAACUCUUUGAUAAUUUGCUCAAACAAACUAAAACCAAACUGUGGGGAAGAAAUCUUUAUGAAUAUCUUUGGGCACAGUUCUAAGCCAGUCAGCGAUUAUUGUUGUUACUCGCUUGCAAGAAUAGGUUUAACAUGCCACAAUAAGUUGUUUGACAAUAUCGUCGAUAGUCAACCUGGCUACAAAUCCAAUGAAACAAUAACACGUCCAAGAAGUGUGCAAAUCUGGAAUAAGUGUUCUUUAGUUGCAGGGCCUGUUCCACCUGCUGCUUAA